GGGGUGCAGGAUUUGCUCACUAUCAUCGCCGCUGCGAAUGGUCCUGUUGACUUCAAAACUGGUGGCAGUCAAGGCCCUUUCAAAAGGAAAAAGAGGGAAGGAGGCAGCAAGAAAGACCGAUAUGGUACUUCCAAAGACGCAGAGGAGGCGAAUUGGAAGAAAAAAUCAACGGGGGUGAUUCUAAAAAGCUAA